AUGCUGCUCUUGGUUGCACUGGGCAUAGUUUUGUCUCUUACUGCAAUCACCACAGAGAAAGCUGAGAUUACCAGCAACAAACCAGCUGCACCACUGCUCAACUACAGCAGGAUCUCCCUGCCACCAGAGCACAUACCUUACUUCCUCCACAACAACAAGAGGGUCGCAAAGUUAUGCCACCUAGACCCACUCUGCCCCUUUAAAGAUGUGCUGCAGAGCCAGUCUGUCUGCUGGGGGUAUGAGAAGAACUGCAAUUCAUCAAAACGCUUCAGCUAUCCUGUUUGCACCAAAGCUGACUCCGGAUGGGUCCGUUCACUGGAUGCAGCUCAGGAGCUUUUCUGGAAGCAGGCUGAUUUUGGUUACGUCAAAGAGCGAAUCUCUGAACUCAAAACACUUUGCAAGUCGAGCAAGUCAGGUGAUUCGUCAUUAAAGUGCAGCAGUCAUACUAGAUUCUGCAGAGCAAAAAAUCUUUACCUUGAUUUGCGGAAACCACGCAGGAGUAAUGAGAGGUAUAAAGAGGACUUCAUUCAUACGGGCGAGAUUGGUGGACACUGCCAACUAAAUAGGCAUGCACUUGCUGCUGAAGGGGAUCACAAGAGCCCUUUGCAGUCUUGGUAUGCUGAACUGCAGACAUACACUGAACUAGACUUCCAUCCAAUAAAAGAUGGACAUUGUGACAUCAUUGUUGAAAAACCCACUGUUUUUAUGAAACUUGAUGCUGGGGUGAACAUGUACCACCAUUUCUGUGACUUUGUCAACCUCUACAUCUCCCAGCACAUUAACAAUUCCUUCAACACAGAUAUUAACAUUGUCAUGUGGGAUACGAGUUAUUAUGGUUAUGGAGACCUGUUUAGUGAAACGUGGAGAGCCUUUACAGAGUUUGACAUCAUCCACUUGAAGACUUAUGACUCAAAACGAGUUUGUUUCAAAGAUUGCUUGUUCUCCCUUCUUCCAAGAAUGAGAUAUGGCCUUUUUUACAACACACCACUGGUCUCUGAUUGCUACACUGAAGGGAUGUUCAGGGCUUUCUCUCAGCAUGUCCUGCACCGGCUGAACAUCUUUCAAGAUGGGCAGAAGGAGGGGCGUGUUCGUGUCACCCUGCUGGCGCGCAGCACAGAAUACAGAAGAAUACUUAACCAAGUGGAGCUGGUAAAUGCCCUCAAGACUGUGUCACUGCUGGAAGUCAGUGUGGUGGAUUAUAAGUACAAGGAAAUUCCCUUCCUGGAGCAGCUGAGGAUCACCCACAACUCUGACAUUUUCAUCGGGAUGCACGGGGCCGGGCUCACUCACCUCCUCUUCCUCCCUGACUGGGCUGUCAUCUUUGAGCUAUAUAACUGUCAGGAUGAGAGCUGCUAUCAAGAUUUGGCUCGUCUGCGGGGCAUUCAGUAUGCGACUUGGCAGAAAAUGGACAAAAUGCUCCCACAGGACAAGGGUCAUCACCCUACCCUUGGGGAUCAUCCUAAGUUUACCAACUACUCCUUUGAUGUGGGGGAGUUCAUGCGUAUCGUGUUGGAGGCAGCUGAUUACGUCACACGUCAUCCCAAAUGGCAGCGUGGACCACAUCAUGAUGAACUUUAGAGCAUCUGCAUGUAUCUCUGGACAUUUUUCUUUGAAGAGCUCCUGGAAGAGACCACAAAGCUCGCUAAGAAGAAUUAAAUGUCCGUUCUGACCUGGGAUCAUCUUUAGAGCCCUCAGGAGG